AUCGUCAAGAAGUUGGUGUUUUGCGUCUCGGCUUAAAGUUGCUAAAAACUAGUGGCCGCAGAAGAAGGAUUUUAUUGCUUUGGAAAUAUGGGAUUUUCCACGGCGACUGCAUUCGUGGCGUUCAUUGCCUGUGUUUCCGGAGCAGUUAUCCUCAGUCACGAUGGUCACCAGCAACAAGGGCGUCCUUCAAUACUGAUCUCAUCUUUACAAAGUCAGCAAGGAGAUCCUUCCCUAGCCAAUGAUUUAGAAGAGAAGUUUGAAGAGGACUUCCUUGGGUCACACAAGACCUACCAAGCUUUAAGGCGCCGGGUUGUCAGGUCAGCCAGCCAAAAAGCAAAACACCUGCCUCAAAAACCUGUCAAAGUAGCACAGCAACACCCAGCAGCAACUAAGUCCAAAGCACCUGAACCAGAGCCUGUUGUAGAGGAACCAGCAGCUCUGCCUCCAAGUGAAGACCCUGUACCAGUUUCCCCAAGUGAGGAAGAUCUUUUGGCUGACCAAGACGCAGAAUCCAGUCCUUCAGAGGAUCCAGCACCAGAGGACGAUGAGCAGCAAGCUGAUCAAACACCUAACAAUCAAGAGGAUUAUACAGAAGAACAAGUAGAUACUGAUUCUAACAACCAAGACUAUACCGUCUCUGAAGAUCAAAUUCAGGAAGAGGGUGUGGGAGCAGAAGAAUCAGAACCUGAGUCUGAUGGGGUCCCGCAGGACGAUACCAACAUAGAAGCUGAAGAACAGACAAUAGUUACAGAGACACCUUCUCAACCAGAUUUACUGCCCGUAGAGGUUGCAAACACCCAAACAGAGGAUGAAGCCCCAGCACAGCAACCAAAAGAAAAAAUACACGUAGUAGCUCCUCAGCCACAUCUUACACCCAAACAGAAAUCAGCUCCUAAGGCCCAUCCAUCACCCAAAUAUCAGCCAACUCCAAAGCCUCAACCAGCAGCUAAAUCCCAGCCUGCUGCAAAAUCCCAUCCAAAUACAGAGACGCACCCAGCUUCAAACCCACAUCCAGCUGCUAAACCACACCCAGCCUCCAAACCUGAGCCAGCAUCAAAAACACACACAGCAACUAAACCUCACCCAGUUACAAAGUCACAACCACACACGGUAGCAAAACCACAGCCAGAUCCCAAGCCCCAUACAGCUCCAAAGCCACAGCCAGAUCCCAAGCCACAUACAGCUCCAAAGCCACAGCCAGCCCCUAAGCCACAUACAGCGCCAAAGCCACAUCCAGCCCCUAAACCACACACAGAACCAAAGCCAGCCCCAAAGCCACAUACUGCACCAAAGCCACAUCCAGCCCCUAAACCACACACAGAACCAAAGCCAGCCCCAAAGCCACAUACUGCACCAAAGCCACAUCCAGCCCCUAAACCACACACAGAACCAAAGCCAGGCCCCAAACCCCAAAGCCACAUACAGCACCAAAGCCACAUCCAGCCCCUAAACCACACACAGAACCAAAGCCAGCCCCAAAGCCACAUACUGCACCUAAGCCACAUCCAGCCCCUAAACCACACACAGAACCAAAGCCAGCCCCAAAGCCACAUACUGCACCUAAGCCACAGCCAGCCCCCAAGCCCAGCACAGUACCAAAGCCCCAUCCAGCUUCUAAAACACAAACAUUACCAAAACCACACCCAGUUCAUAAAGCACACACAGUGCCAAAGCCACCAGCUCACACACUACCAAAACCAGCAGCAGCUGCUACACCUCAACCAGAACCAGAACUAACUCCUAAACCCAAGCCAGAACAACAACAACAGCCACCAGCUCAACCAGUUAAACCAGAUUCUGAACAAAAACCAGACACCAAAACGCAAGAGAAACCUCAUCUGAAAUCAAGUUCAAAGAAGCCUGCAGCCCAGAAACCAGAGAAAGAUGGCAAAAGUCAGCCAGCGGGAAAAUCACCAACGAAGUCUCAACCAGAAAACAAAAAAGAGUCAGAACCACUUCCAAAGCACAUCUCACAACUCAUUUCAAAGAGUUCACCUGCAAAGGUCUCCAAGCCAAGUGAGACUAAAAACCACCAGCCGGAGCCGAAACACCUCUCUCGCCGCACCAAGAUCGCUCUUGUUUUCAUCGGAGUCAUCACGGUGACUCUGGUCAUCACCGUCAUGGGGGUCUGGUACAAGAAGAUGAGCUUCUACAACAGCAGGUAUGGCGGUCACACGCUUCUAACCAGCAAUGACGAUGAAGAAUUCGGGGUCUUUAACCGUAUGUCGUACAACGAAGACAUGAAAUCCUACGAGUCAUGGAGGGACCUUGACUACUGAGGCGUUCGCUUGGUGACUUCACCAAGCGUUACUUCAUGUCCUUAGCCAUUCUUGCAAGAAGAAGAAGA